AUGGACGACUUUGACAUGUUUACAUCGAAACCUUCUACUGCACAAGAAAAUGAUUUAUUCCAAUUAACAAAUACUGAUGACAUACAAAAUAAUCAAAAUGAAGAUCCUUCACGCUCGAUUGAAAAUAAUUUUAAUAAUACGGCAUCUUUCCCAUCCGAUGAUGUACUAGAUGCAUCUUCAUCAUUAGUAAAUCAACCAUCAUUGAAUCCAAUAUCACCCCAGGUUGAAGAAAUUUUUACUAAUGAAACAACAAGUCAAAAGCCAGCAGAGCAACCUUCAUACAAUAUGUUCUCCAAUGAAGAUUUAUCUCCUGUGCAAAUUUUUAAUAGAAAACAUGAACAAGAAAUUGCGGCUAAAGAUGCGGAAGAAAUUCAAAAAAUUGAAGAAUUACGCCAACAAGCUCGACAACAGUUAGAUCUUUGGUAUAGCGAACGUUACAAACAAAUGGAACAAAAGCGACAAACUACGAAAAUUGAAGAAAAUCGUCUACAUAAAGAAGCACUAGAAACAAGUGCUAAAGAAUCAUGUGAUUGGUCGAAAAUCAUACGCCUCGCUGAUUUUAACGAUGGUAAACAAUUGUCGCAAUCAAAGCGAGACAUAACUCGAAUGAAAACAUGUAUUUUCAAUGCGAAACGUGUUAGUGACGGUAAAAAAUUAGCUAAUGGUAAUUAA